CCUCAUCGUUUAAUGGCCGAUAUCAGCGCUCUAUAUGUCACCGUGGUCAGCGAUGAUCCUACGUGGUUUUCCUUUCCUGAUGACCACUUUCUGUUUUGCCCGUGCCUGUCGUCAUAGAGGCAGCUUGCCAACUUCCUGCAAACUUUGUCCCGAAGAAGCGUACCCGUCCAGAGUCUGUCAAAUCCCUUCCGUCGCUUACGCGCUGCACCUAAUGAGGCUUUGUUUGCACGUUGUCUCCAUUCUAUCAAAUUUCUGUUGCUCUCUGUCUCCCGUUUAUGUGCCUCUCGGACUAUAUUGAGGUUCUGUUUGGAGAGGUUGUUGUGGCUGCUCUGCUUCGUCCGUGUAAAUAUUUCCUUGCUGACCCAACCCUAUGCCGAUCCAUGGACCAGGUUUUGUUCCGAACCAUGACUGACCCAGAUUUUGUUCCGAGUCAUGGACCAUGAACCAGAUUAUAGCACGAUCCCUCAACCAGACGUAGCUCUCGAACUUGACCCGCAUCUGCCACUGUCAUGG